AUGAGACCUUACAAGUGCCCUGACUGUGACAAAUCCUUCACAUACCCGUCCAAGCUGGUCACUCACCGGAAAACCCACACCAAGCCAAAGUCUUACUCGUGUGCCGAGUGCGACAAGCGUUUCACACACCAAUCCAACCUUCUCAUCCACCAGAAGACUCACUGUGGACAGAAGCCACACGUUUGCCAAGACUGUGGAAAGUCCUUCAUGUACCCCUCUAAGCUGCUCACCCACCAGAAAACCCAUUCUGGAAAUAAGCCUCACCAUUGCCCCGACUGCGGUAAAAGCUUUAUCUACCGGUGUAUGCUCCUCGCGCACCAGGAAACUCACAAUGGUCAGAAACCGUUCCAGUGCUCGGUGUGCGAAAAAGGCUUCCCUCGGAAAUCCUCCCUGAUAAUUCACAUGAGGAGGCACACUGGAGAACGUCCCUACCAAUGCCACAUUUGCAGUAGGGGCUUUGUAGAACACGCCAAGCUGCGGAGGCACAUCAGAGUUCACACGGGAGAAAAAACCCUUCCAUUGCCCUGUCUGCGGCAAGAGCUUCAAUGA